AAAAUUCUGACACGAAACCACCAUUACUAUAGUAAUCACUAUAGUAAAUCACACAUGCGUACAAUACAUAGUAUAUGUGUGUAAACACCACGAAAAUUGAGCGUUAUAUCGAGUUUGUAUUGAGCUGUACUGAGAGAUUAUAUAGCUAGUAGACAUUAAAGUGAGACCGAAAAUCAUGUCAGUCAAAGUGGAGCGUAAGUCACAGUACCAUCCGGGAGAGAAGGAUGUAAAGACCGGUGUACUCUUUGAACUUCCAACUGGAGUUCACGAGGUUGUUAAUGUAGAUGCUUUUGGAGAUUGUGGGAAUUUAUCACUUCUAGAAGAUCCUAUUUUUGAGACAUGGACAGUCAAAAAGCUACGAAGUGUACUCACAAGUCUGGAGACACUUUUAUUCGUUGAUACUGCAAACAAUCUGCUUGGAACCCACAGUGGUACAUUAGCAUUGGAAAGUUGGCGCACCGAUCAAAGAAAAGAAAGAGAGUGGAUGGAUUAUGUAGUGAUGUUGGCGGUACUUCUGGUAUUCAACGGGUAACGCGGGAAGUAGUCAAGAGUCUUCUUCGCCAGACGGACUCUUAUAAUCGUGGUGAUUGCAAAUUGAAGAGAGCGAGGACAAUAAAU